AUGAGCGGUGGACGUGUUCGCUUACAUUCUCAAUUAUGUGAUUCUGCUUUAGGAAGUGAUUUAUUUCCCCAAGAUUAUAAAAAAGAAGAAAAUAAUUUACAAGAAACAGAAUAUUCUUCAAAUUAUUUACCUAUUCGUUGGAUGGCCCCAGAAUUAUUUAAUUUUAAUAAAAAAUUUAAUAAACAAAAUAAUAAUCAAAAUAAUAUUUGGAAUAGUGCUACAGAUGUGUGGGCAUGUGGAAUUCUAAUUUGGGAAAUUUUUAAUUGUGGAAAAUUGCCAUAUAAUGAAAUACAUGAGGAUGAGUUGGAACAAGCAAUAGUUUAUGCCGGUCUUCGCCUCUCCCAACCUUAUAAUUGCCCUGAUGAGCUUUAUUCAAUUAUGUGUUCUUGUUGGACAACAAUACCAGAAGAUAGGCCAACAUCUAGUGAAUUAGACUUAAAUUUACAAGAAUUUAUGCAAAGAUUAAGCAAAUAUAUUUGA